UAUUGUCAACGAUGAUUUUAAUAUUUGCAGAUUAUAUUGAACUGCUCAGACUAAAUCUAAUGGAGCGUCGAGGACAGUCUCCUCAUUAUACAACCUUUCAGAUACACGAGUAUCUCUUCGGUACAAACACCCAACUUUGACAUUUUCAUUUACAGUAGUGAACAAACAACAACUCAUCAUGUCGAGGUGCAAUAGAUUCCUUAGAUGCAUAAAUUCAGACUGGGUGUACUUGAAAACGGUGUAGUAAUGUAAUUGUUUUAACAAAUCUAGUUGACAACACGUGAUGGUAGUACAUGUACCCUGAAGUCGCCUUCACUAAGCUUAAACCAGACCCAGAGAACAAUAUCCUGUAUGCAAUGUGACGAAAUUAUAUUUUAUAUUUAAUUAUUGAUUUCAUUAGUAUUGCUUAUUUUGUUAUAUUUACAAAUAUUUUUUUUUUUCUUUUCUGAGAUGAACCUAUUGAAGGGAUAAUACGUUCAAUUCUGUGUGAAUGUUAUUUAGGAGGUCAGAGGACAAUAGUUUUUACCGUUUUACAAGAGCAAAAUAUUUUUCAAUCACGAGAUUUAUAAAAAAAUCUUCUUUUGAUGUGAAUAAGGUUUUGAAAACUACAGAUUGGCCUAAAACUGCAUUUCCCUUUUGAACCCGAUAUUGCUGUGGAGUUGGGUAAACAAAGACAGGCGAUAUCGCAGCUUUUGACUUCAAAUAGUGUUAACUAAUUAAAUAAUUAGGUUAUUCGAUGUCAGCAGCGAUCAUUGAUCUUUCACUAUAUACAGCUAUUUCCUAAAUACUGAGGAUUCCUUAUUUUUCGCGAGUACUUUUUAUCGCGAACUGGGUCUUUUGCGUCAAAUCGCAAGAAUUAUAAUUCGCGAAGGGACGGUUGAUCAACAGAAUUUUCGUAGAUUUCAGCACCAUAAAAAUAAAAGCGAGUAAUAUUUUUUCGCGAGUGACGCUUCUCGCGAAAUUACGCGGAAAUUAAUUCCUCGCGUAUAAUUAGGAAUUUACAGUAUUGCUGACCUUACAUUUACGCAACCUUUAUGUUAACACUAUUGCGUCUAGCAGACAAGGCCCUUAACCAUUACAUGUUCUCUACACAUACGUAAGUAGACCGUGGCGAGUUAUCAUUCUUACUUUAGUAUUUAGAGACAUUCUGCACAAUUCAUACAAUGAAUCAUUUCAUGUAAAAGGGUUUUGAAAUAUGACUUGUAUCAGGAAGUUAGUCAUCAGUUAUAAAGAUAUGUUGUUUUAGCAAUAUAAUUUGUAGAAAACGAUACACUGAACCGUAUUAAGCUGAUGCAAGGGGAAAAUGUAUCUACGUAUAUUUGUUAUCGUUGUUACAUGUAAUUGUAUUUUAAGUGAAUGAUAAGUCUAGGUACACUUGAAGGGGGAAAAGAUGAAUACUAUCUGUCAUUAAUAGAAGAUGAUGUACAUUAUAAUCUAGUUUAAAGUGUGUACUCACAGAGGCAAAUAAAAAUAUAGAUAAAGACAAAAGGAAAAGACAAUAUAUAUUUGAUAAAUAUUAAAGAGUUGAAAAAAGAUAUUGUGUGAUUUUUGUUUAAGUGUUUGAGUAACAGGAAAGGAUAAAUGAUGUUUUACAUACCAUGUAUUGCUUGUCAACAGUUCAAAAUACUUGACGUAGAAAUUAACGGAUGUUCACACUUAUACUUUAUAAAACGAAGCGACGAACGUACAUGAGGAGACACACUGAAACGGGGAGUUUAUUGCUGUGUUGAAUAUUGCUUCAUACUGCACUCUGGCUUGCAAACAAUAUCCAUAUAAAUGAUAAUUUGAUUUGUUCCACGCAUGCGCAAUAUCAGCUUUAUACAAGGAAGGACUCUGAGAUCCAAGAAUGUGAUGCCUACAUAUUUCUGAAGGGAGUACAGCUUAAGAUUCUAAUCAAUCAGGGGAGUGGUGAGUUGGAGUGACAUUUUAAGACAAAGACAGAGUCCUAACACUUCACAAAUAAAUUAAACGUAUUGAAGGCAUCCACAUUAUGUCUUUAUCCAAGUGUUACAUAUCAACACCAGAAACAACAAACACUGCUCGACUGGCGAGGCUUAUACUGGGUCCAUGUACUGAUGUGUUACGUGACAUUCUAAAGACUGAAGUAAAACCCUCUGAUUUGUCCAGAAAAGUUAAAGAAUUUACAGAUAAACUUCUACAUGGACAAAGAAAUCCACUCAACAAAACACAAUCAGAGAUCAUUUUCCCCAAACCAACAAAUCAAUACAGUGGUGAUUAUUCAGACUUAGACAUAUCUCUAUUAUAUUUACUUCUACGCAAUAUAAGUAAAAUAUCACAACAUUCCAAAGGUUGGGGAGAAAUACCUAAUCCCGGAGACAGAAGCGUUUCCGCCAACAUUGAAAGAAUUCGCCUUCUAAGGAACCAGUAUUACGGUCAUUCAGCUGAUCUGUCCCUAUCCGAUUCAGAAUUUAGACAGGAAUGGCGAAACAUCCGGGACAUUGUAGUGGAGCUAGAGCGACACCUAGGAACCAAUACGGUUUACCAGGAUGCAGUCAACGCAAUAAAAACCUGCUUUAUGGACCCAGAACAAGAGAAGAAAUACAUAGACUUACUUGGAGAUAUCAGAGAACUUCAUACAUCUGUGGAUGAUCUUUCGAGUAAUGUGCUGAUUAUGCAAAGAGAAUUGGUGCUUCAUGAUCCAAGAGUUGCAAGAAAGAUCGAAUCAACUAAGAAAAUGAUACAAAAACAUUAUGAAGCUAUUAGUCAUCUAUUCGUAAAAACCCGUGCGUUUGACAGAGCGAAGGAACUGUUGGACAGUAACGGGUAUAUCGUCAUCAAGGGCAACCCUGGAACUGGAAAAACCACGAUCGCCAAGAUGUUGAUGAAAGAAUUGAUGGAUGAUGGAAAAUCUCCUCUAAAGCUUUACAAGUUAACAGACUUGUAUGAAAACAUAUCACCGGGUGAUGGUAUAGUGGUAUUUAUUGACAAUUUAUUUGGUGAGUUUUCUUUGUCCAGCGAUGACGUUCAGGAAUUCAAAGCUAGAUCAGAUAUGAUAAAGGUUUUAAUUGAAAGUGACACUGAUAAUAAAUCUAACAGAUUGAUAUUUGCUUUAAGAAAUGAUAUAUAUCAAUGCUUACAAAACGAGUGCAAUGACGAUUUUUUUAUGUCAUCCUUGGUUGACCUAUCAGGCAAAGAAAAUGCAUUGCUCAAGGAGGAGAUCCUGCAGCUAUCAGAAAAAUAUGGGCUCUCUGAAUACAUAGAAGACAAAGAACUUAUUCAUAAGGUAUAUGAAAUGCCACUAGCUAUAGGGUUUCCACAAUGUUGUAAAUUAACAAAAAGCAAUGGAGAAUUUAAACGAAACGUAAUUGCAUUUUUACAAAAUGCAAUGAUGUUUAUGAGAGAACCACUUCAAAACAUUAUUGAAAAAACGAACUGUAAAAUCUGCUGUUUUAGUUUAUCUUCUUCUGAAUGGAGGAAAAGUAGAGUUCGAAUUAAUUGAAAAUCCCCGAAUGGAUUUAGAGAUGAAGCGCGACUCUUUAGAAUUUGUAGGGCUACAUAGCUCGUAUCUUAACGAUUUCCAGGACAGUAUUUUUUGUUUUGAGGGUUUUUUAAUAACU